GAAAACAAUAAAUUCUUAGACAAAGGGUAAAUAAAUUGGUAACGAAGAAAGUCAAAGCGGCGGAGGGGUUAAGACACAAAUAAGGAAAAAUAAAGCAACCUGCCCAAAAGGAAGACAAAAAAAGAUGGCAUUUUUAAAACUCUCAUCUAGAUCUACGGGGAUAGCAAGACCUUUGGUUGAGUUGGUUCGCUUCCAAUCUACCACCACCACUGCAACUACACAAGAUGUUGAAUCGAGUAAUGUUCGUCCCUUUGAAGAAGUUCCCGGUCCUAAAGGCCUACCUUUCUUUGGGUCGUUCUAUCGCUACAUACAAGGUGGUGGCUUCCAUAAGAUGUUUAAUGUGCAAAAGGAGCUAUUUAAAGAGUAUGGACCGAUAUUCAAGGAGACUUUAUUUGGAAGGACUGGAGUACAUGUCAUGGAUCCUAAGGACUGCGAAAAGGUAUUCCGAAACGAAGGAAAAUAUCCCCACAGGACAGUUAUAGAACCGUGGCUUAGGUACAGAGAAGAGCGAGGAUACUAUCAUGGAAUUGCUCAAAUGCAAGGCAAGGAAUGGCAUCGCAUUCGCAAGGCUCUAGCACCAAAGAUGAUGAGACCCAAGCAACUCUACGACAACAUUGAGAACUUUUACGGGGUGGUUGAUGAUUCAAUGGUUAGUAUCCGUAAAGCACGUGGCAAUGGAAAGACUAGUGGAGAAGUACCAACUCUGGAUCAGGAGCUGUUCAAAUUUGCUACAGAAUCAAUUGGGACAAUGGUUUUUGAUGCCAGAAUUGGACUCUAUGAAGACCCACCAAAAGAGGAACCACAACGAUUUAUCCAGUCAGUCCAUGACUUGUUUCAUUAUACGCAACAAAUUAUGUUUGGAUUUGAAAACUACCUCUUCAAAUAUUUCGAUACACCAUCCUGGAAGAAGUUAUGUAAAGCUCAAGACAUCGCCAUAGAGAUUGGCCAGAAAUAUGUGGACAAGAAAAUUGCUGAAUUGAAGGAGAAACUGGACAAUCCAGAGGAAUUACUUGAGGAAAAUGUGGUACCCGUUUUAACAUAUUUGUUGGCCAAGAAGGAACUCACUCCACAUGAAAUUAAUAUCAGCUCCAUUGAGAUGUUCAUGGGCGGUGUAGACACGACGUCCAACACGGCUCUGUGGCUACUGUAUAACCUGGCGAGGAACCCAGAAGCGCAGGAACGCCUGUACGAAGAGAUAGUGUCAGUGACGGGUAAAGAUGGUUACCUUACAGCUAAGAAUAUGGGUCGUAUAUCUUACUUGAAGGCCUGUCUGAAAGAAUCCAUGAGAGUUAAUCCCGUUGUGAUAGGAAACGCCAGGUUUCUUGAUGAGGACAUAGUUUUGAGUGGAUAUAACAUCCCAGCAAAGACCUUGAUCCAACCAUCCAUAUACGCCGUUGCCCAUUCAGAAGAGCACUUUGCAGACGCAGGAGAAUUCCGACCAGAACGAUGGCUGCGGGAGACUGGUGAUGAUUUCCAUGCCUUCUCUCAUUUACCUUUUGGGUUUGGACCGCGCAUGUGCAUUGGUCGACGUGUUGCAGAGCUGGAAAUCUAUCUUUUUGUAUCUAAGUUCAUUCAGCAGUUCAGGCUCGAGUAUCACCGCGAACCAGUGGAACCUCAAAUGCAGAUAUUGAUUAUUCCAGAAGAAACCAUCGUUUUGAACUUGGUAGACAGAAAUAUCUAUAAAUGUAGGUUGGCAACAUCUUGCCAACCAACAUUUACUGUCAAAUUUCACAACGUUAACUUGAAAACUAUCAAGAGAUUUGUCCUCAAAUUACGAAGACAAAAAGAUAUGGCAUUUUUAAAACUCUCAUCUAGAUCUGGGAUAGCAAGACCAAUGGUCAAGUUGGUUCGCUUCCAAUCUACCACCACCACUGCAACUACACAAGAUGUUGAAUCGAGUAAUGUUCGUCCCUUUGAAGACAUUCCCGGUCCUAAAGGACUACCUUUCUUUGGGUCGGUCCAUCGCUAUAUACAAGGUGGUGGUUUUCAUAAGAUGUUUAAUGUGCAAAAGGAGCUAUUUAAAGAGUAUGGACCGAUAUUCAAGGAGACUUUAUUUGGAAGGACUGGAGUACAUGUCAUGGAUCCUAAGGACUGCGAAAAGGUAUUCCGAAGUGAAGGCAAAUAUCCUUACAGAAUACCAUUGGAAUCUUGGUUGAGGUACCGAAAAGAGAAAGGAUAUCAUCCGGGGAUUCUUCUCAUGCAAGGUAAGGAAUGGCAUCGCAACCGCAAAGCACUGUCUUCCAAGAUGUUGAGACCCAAGCAACUCUACGACAACAUUGAUAAUUUCUAUGGAGUGGUUGAUGAUUCGAUGGCUAGUAUCCGUAAAGCACGUGGCGAGGGAAAGACUAGUGGAGAAAUACCAGCCCUGGAUCGGGAGAUGUUCAAAUUUGCUACAGAAUCCGUCGGAACUAUGGUUUUUGAUGCCAGGAUCGGACUUUACGAAGACCCACCGAGAGAGGAACCACAACGAUUCAUCAAAUCAGUACAUGAUUUUCUUUACUCUACUCAACUACUCGAGGUUGGGUUUGAAAAAAUCUUCUACAAAUACUUUGACACACCAGGAUGGAAGACAAUGCGGCAGUCCCAAGAUGCCAUUGUAGAAAUUGGCCAAAAAUAUGUUGAUAUGAAAAUCGCUGAGCUUAAUGACAAACUGGAUGAUCCGGAAGAAUUGCUGGAUGGAAAAGUGGUUCCUCUUUUGACGUACUUGUUGGCCAAGAAAGAACUCACACCCCAUGAAAUCAAUAUGAGCGCUAUAGAGAUGUUUAUGGCAGGGGUAGACACGACGUCCAACACGGCGUUGUGGCUACUGUAUAGCCUUGCGAGGAACCCAGAAGCGCAGGAACGCCUGUACGAAGAGAUAGUGUCAGUGACGGGUAAAGAUGGCUACCUUACAGCUAAGGAUAUGGGUCGUAUAUCUUACUUGAAGGCCUGUCUGAAAGAAUCCAUGAGACUUCAUCCCGUUGUGAUAGCAAACGCCAGGAUUCUUGACGAGGACAUAAUUUUGAGUGGUUUCAACGUCCCGGCAAAGACCUUGAUACAGCCAGCCAUUUAUGUCGCUGGUCACUCAGAACAACUCUUCGAAAGGCCAGAAGAAUUUCGACCAGGGCGAUGGCUGCGAGAGACUGGUGAUGACAUCAAUGCCUUCUCUCAUUUACCGUUUGGGUUUGGACCGCGCAUGUGCAUUGGCCGACGUGUCGCGGAGUUGGAAAUCUUUCUCUUUUUGUCAAAGCUCGUUCAGCAGUUCAGACUUGAGUAUCACCGCGAACCAGUGGCAUCUCACAUGAAGCUGUUGAUUAUUCCAGAAGACCCCAUAAUAAUCAACUUCGUGGAUCGAAAUGCCUAAAGGCCGAACUCGGAUUAACAACUCACUUAACAUCACACACAUACGCGCGUUUAAGUUGUUUUUUAUAGUGAUUAGAGUAGAUUUUGGCACAAGACACGGUCACAGUACAGAAUUGCAUUAACAUUCUUUGAACCAAUCACAGCGCGCGCGAGGUUACUGCACAUCCAAUCAGAAUGCUUGGAUACGGCAUCGCCUGCACAUCACAUCACAUCGCAUCGCAUCGCAUCGCAUCGCAUCGCA